AUGCAGCUGAUCUUCUGCCGGCUCAGGACCCACCAGUGGUGUUUUAUUCUUUUUAACGUCGUGCUGUUCCACAUUUUGCUCUUCGGAGCUGAUCUCGUGGAGGAAUACUUCUUGCGAGCGCUACCCAGCAGCUACACAGAUGUGAGGGUCAUCGAAGCCAGAGAGAGAGCGCGUAAGUUGGAUAUGACGCCCUUGAAGAACAUGUCCAAGGCAUAUGUAGUCAGCAGCUCAGAGGCCUGCUCCAACCAAGAGAUCUUUCUUCUUGUCCUAGUCUUCAGCAGCCCCGAAAACUCAUCAAGACGCAACACCAUUAGAGAAACUUGGGCAAAUAGGACACAAGUCAGAGGUUACGGCACUCUCAUUUUGUUUGUGCUAGGGAAGUCGACUUUGGAAGCCACACAGUUGGAGGUAGUUAAAGAGAUGCAGAAGCAUCAGGACCUCAUUCAAGGAACCUUCCUGGACUCUGCAGAGAACCAGACGCUGAAGACCUUGUUGGCUGUGGAGUGGGCCAUAACAUUCUGCUCCAAGGCUAGAUUUAUUCUCAAAACAGACGAGGAGAUGUUCGUUAACCUCCCAAGUUUGGUUGAGUAUCUGCUCAACUUAAGAACACAUCCAGAAGACAUAUACCUUGGCAGGUUGGUUCAUCAGGACACCCCCAACAGAGACCCUCAAACCCACAGCUCUAUCCCCCUACAAAAAUACCCAAACAAAUAUUAUCCCGACUACUGCAGCGCAACUGCAUUUGUCAUCUCACAGGAUGUGGCUCGAAAGAUCUACGUGACCUCUGGAGAAGUUCCUCUUACACUGCCUCCUGGCGUUUUUGUGGGACUCUGCGCCAAGGCAGCAGGCGUGGCACCUGUUCACUGUUCUCGGUUUUCUGGGAAAAAGCACAUCCGCUACAACCGCUGCUGCUACAAGUUCAUUUUCACCUCUGCUGUAGGAAGAGAUAGCCAGCUGCUCCAAGAAUGGGAGGAAAUGAGCGACGGCAAGGACUGCACAGUACUAGAAACUUAUUACGGGCUGGUAUCCUGCAAAGUCAUGACAUACCUGGAUGGAUUUAAAUACCUGAGUGUGGAUGCCCUACAGAACGAGGCUCUCCAUUUUUCCGAUUAA